UGAUGAUCAGUAAGAGAUGUAAUUUACCGUAUUUUAUGAGGUAGCAUUGAAUAUUUCGAAAGUGAAAAACUUGCUACAAUUUAAAUGAAUGCUGUCUCAUAGUAACUUUUUUUCCGGAUGGGAAUCUGUGUUAAAAUCAUUGAAUGAAGCGUUGGUCACACCUUUGAUUUUCCUCUUUCCUCACUGACCAGCUCUGAUCAAUCAUCAUGGCAUCGCUCGUAACAGUGGACAAUAACUCACACAGUGAUUUGGUUGAUGAGACCAACAUAGGUGGAGCUAAAGUGUACCACUGUAAUAGUGGCGAUUUGAUGGGAGGUCUGGGACUAGUGGUUCAAGCUGUUCUGGCAUUCCUAGCAUUUACAUCACUUAUAGUGAAAAGAUACUGUGAGCCAAUUUAUGAAAGACGGCCUUGGAAAAUAUGGUUCUUUGACACAUCCAAGCAAGGCUUUGGGGCCGCUGUCAUCCAUUUUGCAAAUGUAUUCUUAGCAGAUAUGUUUCAGGGAGAUCCAUGCACCUGGUAUUUUGUGAGCUUCAUACUGGAUUCUACAAUUGGCUUGUUUGUGAUUUACAUUGGUCUCAAGCUUACUCAAGUUAUUGUACGAAAGCUCAAGUGGGAUUCACUUAAGUUUGGAGAAUAUGGGAAUCCCCCCGCAUGCAGCACCUGGGUAGGACAGUGUGCCCUGUAUAUCCUCGUGAUGAUCCUAGAGAAAAUCCUAAUGACACUUCUGAUUCAGUUUGACUUCUGGAAGAAGGUGAGGAAAUUUUUAAUGUCACCCAUUAAGGACCCCAAAGUGGAGCUGGUGAUUGUGAUGUUCAUAGUCCCACUAGUGGUUAAUGCUUUUAUUUUUUGGGUGGUAGACAACUUCCUGAAAAGAAAAAUUAAGGGCACCAAGACAAUAUAUGUCAGUGAUGUAGAGACAAGCGUAAAAUACAAUAGAAACAAAGACGAGGCUCGGUGCUACAACAGAAUUGAAAAAUGCGACGAUUAUUUUGAAUCAGAUUUAAUGGCUUCUACAGAUGAUGAACCAGAUCUACGAUAUCGAAAUACGGAUGGGACAGAAAAAUUACUAGCAUGAUAAAAAUAGAUUUUUUCAACAAAAUGAGGGCAAAUAAUCCCAUGAUUCAUUGUUCUUCUGUUAAGUGAAUGUAGUGAAUUGUUAUGUGAUGUGGUUGAUUUUUUAAUAGUAACCUAAAUAUUUGUUCUUUUUACAAAGAUAUGAAAUUUGAGGGUUUAUUAUUACAUGUAUUUAAUGUAGAAUGCCUAUGCGCAUUUGACCAUUUGGGAAAUUAGAUCUCCAGUGUUUUAAAAGUUACAAAAUUAACUCUUUCCAUAUCUGAAUUACUACUAAAUUUCUUUUUAUCUACUUGUGGGUGUUUAAUUUCAUUUUUUUUCCCAUAAUUGCAAAGCAACCUCUAGGUUCUGUUAAUUGACAACCCCCUUUGAAUUUUGGGAAUUCCAUUCACCAGUCCCACAAAGAACCCAGCCAACUUUAAGUUACCUCAAUAAACAGUUUAUGGUCCCUUGUUUCAUUCACCAAUAUUCUCCCUAAGAGGCUUCCCACUAAGCACUAGACAAUUUUUUCUUGUAUUUUAUAGUGCUUCAAUUUGCCAAAACAGUUCAUAUGAUUUGAUGGUGUCAUAUUUCAUUUGCCGGUGUUGAUUUUGUAGUGAUUUUAAAUUAGAUGAAUUUGCUGUACAGAAAUGUUAAAGUGAUUCAUGGACAGAUAGUAUUGAUAUUUAUUUAGUGCCAUUCUUCCAUGUCUCAUUUUGGAUAUUUAUUCUGUUUUUGGACUGUUUCAUGUAGAAUGGUGUUUAUGCUUAAAUGUAUUUUUUUCCCCAGUCAAAUUUCUUAGGGAAAAAAGUUUGGACUUUAAACAAAAACAUUUCUCAUGUUUUAUCUAUAAGCACAACUGUGUACCCUUCAAAAAUAUCAAGAUAAAAUACAUGUCUUGAAAU